CGCGUACUCGUUUGAAAUUGCCUUCUCUAUGUAAAAAAAAAAAAUCGUGUAAAUAAUUAUGGAGAUAAUUCUACACUGAAAAUGCUCUAGAGAGACUGAUCUUCCAAGCCUUGCGCUUCAUUCGUAGCCGCAUGUGUUUGCCACGCGUCGCCAGAGAUGAGCGAGGACUUCGCUCCCAAGAAUGUCGUGCGCGGUGCACCGACUCCGCGGUGCCGGCGCGCGGUCGCGGCCGCCCUUCCCGGCGUGCUGUGGACGGCGCGCGGUUACAAACCGGGCUACCUGUGGGACGUGAACGAACCGACCGAAAGUACCGUCGCCGACUGCCUGCGCCUCUGUGGGGCGACGGCAGACUCCCGCAGCGACGAAAAUCUGCUCCUCGUUACCGGAGACGACGUCAGAGCGGUCAGGUUGGGACGCGAUGUGCUGCUCUGCAACGUUCCCGAGACUCUUCGCAGGCUCGAAGACGCCAGCCUCGACGUGAAGUUCGUUGACGUUUCGGCAGGGCUGCGUUCCCCGAACGCUCUGGCAUCGCCGCCCCCGGGCGUGCGCGGAAUGCUGUCGUCGCUGAAGCGACGACUAGCCGAUGUGGCGGCUUCGCCGUGCCGUAGCGACGUGUUCGUCGAUAUGGAACCCGCCGACGGCGAAUGGAACCUUUGCACGGCGUUCGGCGUUCUACUGGGGUACCCGGUCGUGUACUGGUUCGAAGGCGGUGCCGACGCCGGCAACUGCCUCGCCAUGGAGGAACUGAACGUUGUCAGAGUGCGAUCCGCUCCGACCGCAGGACGCCGAGACGUGGCGAAGGGGACAGCGUCGUCCGCGGCUGGCACGGAGGACGACGUCUACUCUUUCAGCUUCCCGGUCGCUCUCGACGCCGAUUUGCGACCGCAUGUGGACGCCUGGUGGCACCGACUGCGCGCCAGGGCUGCCGGCGAUUUCGAACUCACCCGAGUCGAUGAAGUGACGUGCCAUCCCGUCGUGGCUCUGUGAUCGUUACACAUCACUUGAUUCCAAAUCAAUCGGUUCGCGAGCGAGUAGCGAUGUGCUCCGUGCCACGUCGUACUUUUUUUUUUCCUUUUCGUCGUUUUGCGCGGUAUUAGCACUAUUCAGUGACUUUCGUGUUUUGUAAUACUUUGUAAAGCUGCACGCAACGCUGCCGUUCAUCAAAGCCCUGGAAAGAUGACGUAUCAUCGCAGCCUAUGACUAUAGCGAAAAACCAAAGGGCACUUGCACAUCAUGCUUUAUCGUAUUUCACAUUUUUCUCAGUCAUUGUUAGCUUGAGUAAAUGCACAUGUGUACUUAAAAUGACAUGGGCACAAUGUUACAUUGUAGAAGGCAGCCCUGCCUUUUAUGUGAGAAAAUAACAAGUUGCUGUAAAGAAUAGGGAUGGGAACACUGUACCGUCAUCCCGCCAGCUCUUGUGAUACUUAUAGUAUAGUCUGGAAAGGACUCUGGAAAGGAUGUGCAUUUAUGCACAAGAGAAGUAUUUUUUAUUUUUAUCAUUAUUUAUCUUUUCAGAAUGAGCCAGUUUGAGUGGACCAAUGUAUUUAAUUGGGCGUUAUUCGAGGUAUGUAAUGCAUUGUGUUUGCAUCAUUUCUGAAGGGGCGCUCAUUAUGGCCUGCAGUGUUUGGCUCCAAAUUCAUAUUGUAUUCAAUAUCGGGGAGAAUGUUCCUACUGUGUUCCAAGAAGUUCUUAUGAAGGUUCUGCAGUCGAAGCCUCAACAGAUUUGUUGAGAGUUCAAUUUUCAUCUUGUUGGUAGGACAUAAUUUCUAGGGAUUUAGUGCAGAAACUUGAGACAAAAUGGACAGAAGUCGAGAGACACACACACACGUUUCUGCACUAAUCACUGGAAAGUACUUUAUGACCCCUACAUCAUCUGGCGAGCAGGAGGUCGAGGAGUGUCGGUGUCCUCAGAUGCUCGAACAACUAGGCAAUGUUUUGCUAGUGUGAAUAAAAGCAGCAUUGCAGUGAAGGGACCAAACACCUCUUGAGCGGUUUCGUUAUAUGCUGUGUAUAAGGAGAGCACGUUGUUGGGCGAGUCGGUCGUACAUACUUAAAGAAGGGAAUUGCGCUAAAAAAGACACGGACGAGUUAGGACAUGGACGGGCGCAAACUCGCGACUGAUUUUAUUCAGAAGAAACACGAAUAUAUAUACCUAGAUCCUUAUUGCUUAAUCAUUGCCUAAGCGCACAUGCCAAGAACGUUUUUUCUUUCUUAUACAAAUUUAUACUGGAAUCACUUACACAAUCAUCACCUGACUUAUCAAUGUAAAAAGCCUCUGCGAGUUCACGUGCGACCUGGUUACGACUGCGCCUUAAGAUUUUGGUUCUACACAGGCACACACAGUUUAAGCUGUGUAUAACAAAUGAAAAGCUGAAGAGAAAGAUCUGCUGUAAAAGCUUGAAUGCACGUUAGCAUGUUUGAGUGGGCUGGAUGCCACUAUUGUAAUUGUAAGCUUGUGGACAGGUGCAAAUGAGAGGCUAGGAGCAGAAGCAUAAUUCGACAUUCAAAAAUUUGCUUUCUCCAAAAUAGAGGAGGGGCACAAUGCCAAAUAUCUUUGCAGGACUUGUGAAAGAAAUCGUGGAAAGUCUGUUUUUGGUAGCGAUUGACAACUUGGGAACUGUUCAAAGAUAUUUUAUCAAGGUAGUUUGCAGCACUCUGCAGUCACAUGUGUGAUGCUUGCCAUUUGCAAAGUACUGAAGUAUGAUCGUUAGACCUGUGUGAAACUCCAAAGGGAUGCUAGAAGCAAACAUGAUGUCAAGCUAGGCCAUACGUAGCGUUUAUAAAAAUAACUCUCAGUACGUGUUCGGUGCCAAGGGAUGACUCAAUCUCCAAGAAAAUUGCAAUUAAGAACAAUCAGUGUCUAUUUCAUUUCAAUUGGUGGUGACCAAAUCCACACCACAGUAACCACCCUCACUUAGUGAAAAAAACUAAUCUUGAAGGCUUACACUUUCGCUGGUUUUAUGUGCCAAAAGCAAUUGCAUGAGUUGGAAACGUGAUGAUUGCCAUGUUUUGGAUACCACCUACUGGCCAGGGAAUUCAAAUUAUGCACCAACAAGCCCAAAAAGGUACGCUGCUAAAUAUAAAGAUAUCUGUUAGGUUCCCGCAGUACAUCGAAGGUGUCUUGAGGCCAUACUUAACAGCCAUCUUGAAAAAAAACUUGUCGAAAAGUUGGCUCAUGCUUUUACCUUGUUCUCGGUUUGCUUAUCGUCUUGAAUUUUCAUCUCCCGCCUUCCCCGUGUUUUCCCUUAACAGUCAUCUGCCACUCUGUAUAAGUCGGAGGGUGGGACAACCUUCUAAGGGAAACGCUCGAGCACCAUCUCAUUUCACAUGGACGUCAGGCCACGAAGCAUUUUAAUGUAUGAAAAGUGCUGUGCUUACUGUGACAACAUGUUUUGUCGAUCAGGCCUCUUGGUAGCUCACAGGCCCUGAUAUAUCCUCCCGCAACCCCAAGUUAGUCGAGAGACAAAAAGGCAUGUCAAGUUGGUUCUUAAUCUAUUUGCAUUCGAACCACAAUAUAUCAAAUGUGGAUAUAUCGAAUUAUGCGAUACACCGAGGUAAGUCUAAAUUGUUUUCCACGAAUAUCGGCAUGUAGCAAAUACAUGCUUAUAAUGAUACAUGCUUAAAUGUGGUCCAACUGAACAAAUGUGAAAAAAAAUUUUUUGUGUGUGAUAAAGUACAGGGUUAUAUGCUGAAAGCAACAUGUACAUUAACAACACACUGUUUCCUUAUGUUUGGUACUGCAAAAACCGCUUUCUUUGUCACAAUGCAUAAAUGAAGAUGCAACAUCACAUGCACAUUGGUGCUGUGUGCUGGAUUGUCAUGUGAUCUUGUGGUGCUGCAAACAUGCCUGUCCAAGUGAGUGUGUUUCAUUGCGUGUGAUGCAAUGGUGUAGAUGAAAUUAGUGUCUAUUGGAAGCUGAUGGCAAGAACACACUUAAACAACUUCCACACAGUUCUGCGUGCACCCAAAUUGAUAUCUGGGAUGGAUAUAUAGAGGGACACUAAAGAAAACAAUAAGCAUAGCUGUAUUAGAAAGUUACCUUUCUACAAUAUCAAGAAAGCCACACUUACUAUGGGAGGACACAGGUUAGAAAAGAAACAAAAAAGGAAAGAUGCUUGGCGAUGCCACUGUGACGCCAUUGGUUUUGAAGGCAUCUGUUCGGGCCUCAUUAAUAUUUAUUGGUAAAAAAGGCCUACCUUGCAUUCUAAAGGAGCCAGAGACCAAAUGUAGGCAUUUUUGAGAAAAUUUACUGCAUCACAGCAGCCCAAAUGUGAGAAAAUACAUUGGCACGUGCGACAUUACACUGAUGCACUGGUGCAGAGGUUUUGGAGCGAAAUUUUAAAGAAUGUGAAUUUGGCCCACAUUUUCCCUUUUAGUAAUAAAUCUUUUGCCGUGAAAUUUAUAAAAAUGAAGUUCCAGAAGUACGUUUUACCAGUUGCAAGUGAUUAGUGUUUCUCAUUAGCGACACUCUUAAUGAAUAAUUUUGAGAAGUAUUGAAGACAAUGUGCUAGGGGUCUUGGGAGCAUAAAGUGCGUCUGCAUCUCUCGAACAGCACCACCCCAUUCUUGACGAUCCUUGUCAUUAAUUGGCUGGUGUGAAGAGUUCAGAUAUGCUCCCUUAUUCUUUUUACUUCGACAGAAAUGACAAACUCGAAACCAGGUUCGCUGUGUCCACCUGCUCAUCCUUUCUGUCGCAAUGACACCGUCAACUAUUUGGUCACCUCCUCAACUUCAUACUCGCCGCUUGGCAAAAAAACAACACUGUAACUUUGCACAUCAUUGCCACUGGCUGCUAAGCACACGCCCGUGUGGAUGUUGAAAGCUAGGCCAAGCUGUACAAGGACCAAAUGUCCGUGCAAUGUACCUGAAACUGCGCCAUGGUGUAGUUUUUUUUUUUUUUCAUGCUAAGCAUUCUUGGCGAGUUCAAGCCAGUUUUCUGUAACAACUACUUGGUGACUAUUUGGCCAUUUCCGUGGGUCAAUUUCGAGCGUGGUGCAGUCUGGAAGUAUGGGCUUAUCCCAGUUAGUGGCUAAGCUAUACAAAAACCAAAUUUUGCCUGUGCAAUGUACCCAAAAUUACUGAACGUUGUUUUUAGGCUGCAGAGAUGCAUAAUUUACUUCAAUGAACUCUUCAAAAAGACUGAUCUUGUAAACCCUCAUUCCAUGCAAUAUCUGGUACCAACUCGUAACGACGUUUAUACCACUUUUUACUCGUAGGAAUGCAUAGCCCGUGGAAGACAUGCACGUCGGAGGGAAACCUGAAGCUCGUAAUUUUUUAAGCAACUUGUUUCAGUCAAAUAAUCAUCCAAGUAAAGCAUCUAUCUGGUAUCAAAAUAAAUUUCAUCCAAAGUAGUGUUUUAUAAUGGCAAUGUAUCUAUUCUCAGUAAGGUGUGCAUCAAGGUAAGGACUGCGCAAAGAGUGAUGGAAUGAAAAAUAUUGGCCUUAACGUUGAGGGACAUGAAGAGAGUGGUGUGGGUCAGAGACCAAAUUGGGAUAGCCAAUAUUCUAGUUGACAUUAAGAGAAAAACAUGGAGCUGGGCAGGCCACGUAAUGCAUAGGGUAGAUAACUGGUGGACCAUUAGAGUUACACAAUGGGUGCCAAGGGAAGGGAAGUGCAGUUGACAAUGACAGAAGACUAGAUGGGGUGAUGAAAUCGGGAAAUUGGCAGGCGCAAGUUGAAAUAUGCUAGCACAAGACAGGGUUAAUUGGAGGUUUCAGGGAGGCCUUCGUCCGUACUACAGUAGACCUAAAAAUAGGUUGAUGUUGAUGAUUAUAUAUCCUCGCCACUAUUUUAGUGUUUCUUGUGAUGUACCAUGGUGCAGUUUUGGUGCCUGGUGAUUUAUGUGGGAUUUCAUGUAACAUAGUAGACUCUCAAAGUCUGUACUUGCAUUUCGGAGAACACGGCAAGCAGUACAAUAAUGUACGAAAGCAAUGUUGUCUGCGUUGCGAUUAAGUUGUUGUCGAGAACAUUGCAGCGCCCGCUGUGAGAACUCGUUGCCUCUGUGGCAGUAAAUGAGCAUUAAUCACUGAAGUUUUCUCAUUUUAUUUUUCUGUGUGCGCUGCUUCUUUAAUGACCAGCAGGCUUCCGCUGUCUUAUGUGAUGGUAGUAUUGUUGUGGGAGUAAAAAUGUAAGAAUAAAAGUUGUUUUAACAAGUG